AGGAGGAGGAAGAGGAGGUUGUGGCCAAGGAGAGAGAGAGAGAGAGAGAGAGCGCUUUGAAUAGGGAAGUUUUGCAGGGGGUUACAUUCGCAGUCAUCUCAGUGUUUGCAAAUAUUGGGUCGGCUCCUGAAGCAAGUUAUCUUCUGGAGAGAGCCCUAGGAGUAGAAAGCAGGACCGGCAGCGUCGGGAAGACUUUGCCAAAGCAAAAUAUAUACAUAUAUCUCUCUCUUAUCUUCUAUAUUGCUGUGCAAUUAAACUUUGCAUGAAACUUCGCUUUAAAAACCAAGGAAAAGAAAUUCCCUCUUCAUCUUGACUAUCGAACCGGAAUUUAAUAUAUAGACCUAAAUAGAUAUUAUUAUUUUUUUCUAUUAUUAUUUUUUCUUUUUUUUUGGUGGUCGUCUUCUUCUCUGGUGGAGGAAGUGUGGAGCCUUGUAAAUAGCUGGCUGUAUCUGUUAUCAUCACCUGCCACCACGGCUACCGGCAGCAGCAGUGGCAGCUAAAGACAUCUGUGGUGUUGUUGUUGCUGUUAUUUUUUAAAAGCGAGAAAAUUGCAAUCAGACAUUGACUCGGUGGAGGGUUUUUGUGGCAGCUUGACACACACACAAAACCAGCCAUGGAUGUACUCCCAAUGUGCAGCAUCUUUCAGGAACUCCAAAUUGUCCACGAUACUGGUUACUUCUCCGCUUUGCCCUCUCUGGAAGAAUAUUGGCAACAGACUUGCUUAGAGCUGGAACGAUACCUCCAGAGCGAGCCCUGCUACGUGUCUGCCUCUGAAAUAAAAUUUGACAGUCAAGAGGAUCUGUGGACCAAACUUAUUCUGGCACGUGAGAAAAAGGAGGAGUUGGAGCAGAAGACCUCAUGUCUUCUGAAGGAGGACACUGCCAGUAGCCAGAGCUUAGAGACUAACAGUUUGAAUUCCGAUCUCAGCAGCGAAUCUUCAGACAGCUCUGAGGAACUUUCACCUACGACGAAGUUUACCUCUGAUCCCAUAAGUGAUGUCUUAGGCUUAGCCAGUGCGGGAAACUUGAGUUCAUCAGUCGCUUCUACUCCCCCUUCUUCUCCUGAAUUGGGGAAGGAGCCAUCUUCUCAACCAUGGAAUUGUGCACCUGGUGAAUUGCAUUCGCCAGGCAAAAUUCGUACUGGUACUGGGGGAAAGACUGCGGAAAAGGGUAACCCGGUCAACGGCGAUGCCUCCCCAGACGGGAGGAGGAGGGUUCACAGGUGUCAAUUCAAUGGGUGCAGGAAGGUUUACACCAAAAGCUCACAUUUGAAAGCACAUCAACGUACUCAUACAGGAGAAAAGCCUUACAGAUGCUCGUGGGAAGGGUGUGAGUGGCGUUUUGCGAGGAGUGAUGAAUUAACCAGACACUUCAGAAAGCACACGGGUGCCAAGCCUUUUAAAUGUAAUCACUGUGACAGGUGUUUCUCCAGGUCUGAUCACCUGGCCCUUCACAUGAAGAGGCAUCUCUGAAUGGGCGAAGGGGUGGAAUCCUGUGGGCUAAGAGGCUUCGAGGUCAAAGGGCCUUGAAAGAAGGGAUGCGUUUUCCAGCCAAAGCAUGCCAUUUUGCACCCUAACCCAGUUGCCUCCAGGGCCUUUCUUCCUUAGAAGGUCUCCAGAGGGCUAAACAAGUCAUGUAAGAAACGGCAUAGCGACCGCACGGCGUGGGUCUCAUACCCUGGUACCCAGCCUUCUGAGUGGCUCUAGGACUUCUGCUGUGAGCACGUGCACUGAGAAUGUUAAUGAUUGGACGACUGUAUGUUACUGAGGAUCUACUGGGUGACUGUAUGCUGAGGCACAUACAUAGUUUGUUUGUUUUUUGUUCCUUGUGGUUGUUCUAUAACCGUAAGAGAGAAAAGGUUGGCUGAAUGGGGGAUUUUUUUAAAAAAAAAAAAAAAUUGCGUGUGUAAGGAGUAUACCGCAAGGCAGAGUGAUCACCAGUCAUUUCCAGAGGGGGGCGGGGGAAG